AUGCCCUGGCUAACCGCAUCUUCAUGGCCCCCCUCACGCGCACUCGUGCUGGUUCGACGCACGUUCCCAAUGCGCUCAUGGCGGAAUACUACGCGCAGCGAGCAUCCGCUGGUCUGA